AUGUCGGCGCCUGUGUCCGAGACGCCGUCCAACAACUCCCUCAAGGAUGAUGAGGAGAAGGCGGCAUCACCGCCCGAGAGCCAGCAGGAGCAGAAUUCGGAUGCCUUGAAGGCGAAGGACGAUGCCCCUCCACCAGCGCCACCUCAGGACUCUGGACCACCGGAUGGAGGACUCACGGCGUGGCUGCAAGUUCUGGGAUCGUUUAUGCUGUUCUUUAAUACUUGGGGUAUUCUGAACACCUUCGGCGUCUACCAGACCUUCUACGAGAGCGGCCAGCUAUGGACCGAGAGCUCCUCGAACAUCUCCUGGAUCGGCUCGAUACAGUCCAUGAUGGUGUUGCUCAUCGGCGCCUUCUCUGGACCUGUCUUCGAUCGAGGGUAUCUUAGGACGUUGUUGAUUGUUGGUAGCUUUCUGGUGGUGUUUGGGCACAUGAUGCUGUCGCUUACACAUAACUUCUGGGAAGCACUGCUUGCGCAGGGAUUUGUGAUUGGGAUUGGUGGUGGAUGUCUUUUCGUACCCGCUGUCGCCAUCAUGCCGACCUACUUCAGGACCAAGCUCGGACUGGCCAUCGGCCUCGGUGCUUCUGGGUCUUCCAUGGGGGGUAUCAUCUACCCCAUCAUGUUCUACAAGCUCAUCAACCAGGUCGGCUUUGGCUGGAGCGUACGCAUCCUGGGCUUCACCGCACUCGCUACCCUCAUCAUCCCGAUCGUGGUCAUGAAGGUCCGUGUGCAGCCGAAGCAGGCUCGCAGUAUCAUCGACUGGACGGCCUUUACUGACAUCCCCUUCAUGCUAUUCGUCUUUGGAUCUCUGGUCGGGUUUAUUGGACUUUACGUCUCGUUCUUCUAUACCUCGUACUACGGACAAGCGACCGGACUUACCAACGCCAGCCUCUCGUUCUACCUGGUGCCCAUCCUGAACGCUGGCUCUGUGUUUGGCCGGACUCUACCCAACCUCCUCUCAGACAAGAUUGGCCCACUCAACGUCAUCACGCCAGGGGCUUUCAUGGUCGGCAUAGUUCUCCUGUGCUACCUUGCCGUUGAUUCAGCUGGCGGCAUAGUCGUAUGCGCAUUGUUCUUCGGCUUCUUCUCGGGAAUCUUCAUCGCCCUUCCUCCUGUGCUGUUCGUGGCACUGACGGAGGACAAGCGCAAAGUCGGAACGCGUAUCGGAAUGGGCUUCACCAUGAUCUCCGCCGGCGUCCUCUGCGGCGGCCCAGGAGGCGGUGCUAUCUUAGGCCAGAAUGAGGCAAACCUCCACUGGACUAAAGUUUGGACGUACGCUGGAGUCACGACGAUUGGGGCCGGGUGUAUCUUCGUGAUACUGAGGUUCAUGAAGGUGGGGUUCAAGAUCAAGGUGAAGGUUUGA